AUGAAUGAACUUGAUCUGAUAAUGACACCAAAUAUUACCGAUUAUAUUAAUCCAUCAGUUCCAAAAGAAACCGAGGUUGUCAAGAUCCAUAAACAAUUAACUGACACCAUUGGAAAUUCUACCUUUAUACCUUCAGCUGUUUCAACAGUCGUCCCAAUGGAAACUAGAUAUAAGAAUCAAUAUACCUUCCAAGUUGGAAUUCCAUCAGCGUCUUCAAAUAAAUACAUCAGAAAUUCAAGUAAUAAACCCGAUGGAUUCAUGUUCAUCUUAAUGGGGACUAUUAUUUGUACUAUUAUAUUGUUAAUGAUAGGUUGGCUUUUGUUUCGUAGUUGUAUGGAGAGAAAGAAGAAACUCAGAACUACCGAUAUUGAAGACCUUGAUAAAUCUGACUCUCUACAUUUCCCUUAUAAAUCCUCUAGACUAUCAGGGAUCCCAACCCAAAUAGGAUCAUAUAAGCAAGGAACAAGCAUUGAUAAGAAAUUCCUAGAUAUUCUUGAUUCUAAUUCUGCCGGUAACAACAUUUCACCAGUGUCAAUUAAUAACAAUGUCAGUUAUUAUUCAUUUGUACCAACAGAUGGUGGUGAAAGUGUACAUUUUAUAGUGGAUAGUGGGUAUGAGGAAGAUAGUGAGGAAAGAGGAGAAGGAGAUUCGUUGAAUAGUGACAUUGCAAUUAGCAAUGUACCUUGUUCAACGGAAAAGAUGACAGAUUCAUAUAGGAAAGAUUCAUUGCAUGUAUCCGUCUCUUUGGAGGCUCUAAGGAACGACGAGAGUGGAAUGAAUAAUGAGGUGGACAAUAAGAAUUCCAAAACAGUUAGUAUAUAA